UCCGCACCGCCCCCUUAGCUGCCCGCGGCCCUGCCUGAGCCCGCCUCCGGAGCGGCGCGGGACGCCGGGCGCCGACCUCAGCGGUGUUCGCCGAGGCCCAGGCGGGCCCGCCGGCAAGGCUGAGCCGCUGCAUUUUAUUUCGUUCGUGGAUUUUGCAUAGGCUGAAAUUUGUGGCUUGGGUUAACUCGGGACCUCCGCGGAGAGGACCCACUUAUUUUUUUUUUUUCUUUCCAAAAUGGCAGCCUCCAGUCGCGCACAGGUGUUAGAUCUGUACCGGGCGAUGCUGAGAGAGAGCAAGCAUUUCAGCUCCUACAAUUACAGAACAUAUGCUGUCAGGAGGAUAAGAGAUGCCUUCAGAGAAAAUAAAAAUGUAAAGGAUCCUGUAGAAAUUCAAACACUAGUGAAUAAAGCUAAAAGAGACCUGGAAAUAAUUCGUCGACAGUGUAUUUUGGAGAAUAUCUCUGGAGAAGCAAUAAGGACCAGUGGUUUGAGCUGUGACUUUAAAGGCGGACAUCUGAGAAGGUUUGAAUCCCAGCUUUAUGACAUGCUGUCUGACCUCGGUUUACCACUGAAAGUCUCCCCAGCCUGUUUCAGUACCUGAGAUAAUGAUACCUGUGUCCUCAGCACCUGGAAGAAUGAGUGAGCUGGACCAUAAAAUGCUUGGAUUGAAGGGCCUCUCGGAGGACGUGUAGCUGUCACAGUGCUUCUUUGUUAGUGUGCUUUUCCCACGUAUCGUGGCUUCUCUCGGGUCUUCACUGUAUUACCAUCACCACGUUAGUACCUAUUUCACUUAUAUUUUUGAAAACCUGAAAAUACCACACAUAUUAAUGGAAGUUUCAUUAAGUUAUUAAUGAGCACCUGGAACUGUACCUCCAACAGAAAUCUAAAUUGGCUAAAUAAUACUCACUCAAUCUGAAAUAUGUCAUCCUA